UUGAUAUGAAGGACUUGAUGAUCUCGAUCGAGAACUGCCAAAAAAUUAUUCAAGCCACGAUCUCAAAAACGACACCACUGUUACUGAGCGCAACUGCCGGCAAAGCCAAAUGUUGCAUCUUCAAAGUCUCCAACACGUUCAUCGGCAACUCGUACCAGCCCUCCGUCGUCUCCAUCGGGCCCUACCACCAUGGCAAGCCAAACCUCAAGAUGAUCGAGGAGCACAAGUGGCGGUACCUCGGCUCCUUGCUCUCCAGGACCAAGGAGAAGAGUGGUAAAACCUUGAGCGACUACUUGCUAAGCAUAAAGCCACUCGAAGCGGAUGCUAAAGAGUGUUAUUCUGAGACUAUUCAACUAGAAAGCGACAAGUUCCUCGAAAUGAUGGUUCUUGAUGGUUGUUUUAUACUAGAAAUAUUUCUUAAGGUUAACAAUCCACAACUUUUCGAGCACGACGACCCUCUCAACACCAUGGCUUGGAUAUUACCAUCACUCUACAGGGACUUUCUCCGACUUGAGAAUCAGAUCCCAUUCUUUAUCCUGGAGAAGUUAUUUGAAAUAUCCAAAUUAACUGAUCACAAGCUGGAGUCAGGUACGACCUUGUCCUUGCUCGCUUUGCAAUUCUUUAACAGAAUAAUGCUGAGGCCCCUAAAAGUCAUUGAAAAGUGCGGCCGCAAACUUGGAGGUAAGCAUUUGCAUUUGCUGGACUUGGUUCAUUCAAGCUAUACAUACGAGUUAAAAAUUCCAUCACCAAUCAAAGUCACAGAAACCCCUAUUAUACAUUGCAUCUCGAAACUUCGCCGUUCGGGGAUUAAGCUCAAUCAGGUUAAAGAUCAGGAAAUUAGUUUCUUAGCUGUGAAAUUCAAAAAUGGUGCGAUUGAGAUGCCAACUCUCACCAUUGAUGUAUUCAUGACCUCUUUCUUGUUGAACUGUCUCGCGUUGGAGCAGCACCACUAUUACAUCUCGAAGCACUUCACCGCUUAUGCUACUUUAUUGGACUGUCUUGUGGAAAGCAACAAGGACAUCGGGUACCUUUGCGAUUGCAACGUUGUUAAGAACGACUAUGGUACCGAUGCUGAGGUUGCCCACUUCAUCAACACCAUGGGCAAGGAUGUAGUGUUUGAUAUAGAUCAGUCUUAUUUGUCCGAGUUGUUCAAAGACGUGGACAAAUAUUAUCAGAAAUGCUGGAAUGUGCAGUGGACGGGCUUCAAGCAGAAGUACUUCAACUCGCCAUGGUCAUUCAUUUCGGCAUUGGCUGCCUCCGUGGCCUUGGUGCUUACGUUUGCCCAGACGUUCUACGCCAUCUAUGGUUAUGUGCAUCCUCAAUAAGGGCCCCCCUUAGUCUUCCGAUCAUCCCUUUAGACA